GCUAACCCGAGAACAGACAUACGUCAGGCAAAGAUGGCGGCCUUCACUGCGGCCCUGAGAAGCGGCGCACUGAUAAACGGGCUGAGGGCGUCUUUCAGGACUCUGCCGCCCGUGAAAUACGGCGCCGUCGCCGCCGCCGUGCCGCCGACCAACCUGCCGCGGGGCUGCCGCUGGAGCUCCGCGAGCGCCCUGAGCGUUAAGGAGCGGAUCGACCACAAACGGAAGACGGCGCUGUGCGGAGGAGGUCAACACAGAAUAGAUGCACAGCACAAAAAGGGGAAGCUGACAGCCAGGGAGCGAGUGGAGCUUCUGCUGGACCCGGAGUCCUUCGUGGAGUCGGACAUGUUCGUGGAGCAUCGGUGCUCCGACUUCGGCAUGGAGCAGGACGGGAACAAGUUCCCGGGCGACAGCGUGGUGACGGGCCGAGGCAGGAUCAACGGCAGGCUGGUUUAUGUAUUCAGUCAGGACUUCACGGUGUUCGGUGGCAGUCUGUCUGGAGCUCAUGCGCAGAAGAUUUGUAAGAUUAUGGACCAGGCCAUGAUGGUCGGAGCCCCGGUCAUCGGGUUGAACGACUCUGGAGGAGCUCGGAUCCAGGAGGGCGUGGAGUCUCUGGCUGGAUAUGCAGACAUAUUCCUGAGGAAUGUGAUGGCGUCUGGAGUCGUACCUCAGAUCUCCCUCAUCAUGGGCCCCUGUGCAGGAGGAGCCGUCUACUCCCCGGCCCUGACGGAUUUUACCUUCAUGGUUAAGGACACAUCGUACCUGUUCAUCACAGGACCCGAUGUUGUGAAGUCCGUCACCAACGAAGACGUGACUCAAGAGGAGCUGGGCGGAGCCAAAACGCACACCACCGUGUCUGGAGUGGCUCACCAUGCUUUUGAGGAUGACGUCGAAGCCUUGCUCAACGUGCGAGAGUUCUUCAACUUCCUGCCGCUGAGCAAUCAGGAUGCCGCUCCUAUCCGGGAGUGCCACGACCGCAGUGAUCGCCUGGUCCACUCAUUGGACACGAUCGUGCCCUUUGAGACGACUAAAGCCUACGACAUGCUGGACAUCGUUCACGCAACGGUGGACGAGAGCGACUUCUUUGAGAUCAUGCCCAACUACGCCAAAAACAUCGUGGUGGGCUUCGCCCGCAUGAACGGACGCACCGUAGGCAUUGUGGGUAACCAGCCCAAAGUGGCUUCUGGUUGUUUGGACAUCAACUCCUCAGUGAAGGGAGCCCGCUUUGUGCGCUUCUGCGACGCCUUCAAUAUUCCCAUCAUCACCUUUGUGGACGUGCCGGGUUUCCUGCCAGGUACCGCUCAGGAGUACGGAGGCAUCAUCAGACAUGGAGCCAAGCUGCUGUAUGCCUUUGCAGAGGCCACUGUCCCGAAAAUAACCGUAAUCACUAGAAAGGCUUACGGAGGAGCCUACGACGUGAUGAGCUCCAAACACUUGAGGGGAGACGUGAACUACGCCUGGCCCACGGCGGAGGUGGCGGUCAUGGGCGCCAAGGGUGCUGUCCAGAUUAUUUUCAGAGGAAAGGAGAACCAGGCGGAGGCGGAGGCCGAAUACGUGGAGAAGUUCGCCAACCCUUUCCCAGCCGCUCUCAGAGGUUUCGUGGACGACAUCAUCGAGCCGUCGACCACUCGCAGGAGGAUCUGCAGAGACCUGGAGGUGCUGGCCAGCAAGAAGCAGCUCAAUCCCUGGAAGAAGCACGCCAACAUUCCCCUGUGAAACAACCGCGUCCGCUCGCCGUGGGAUCUGAACUAUACACCCACACACUUUGUUAAAAGUCACUGACGUGCACACAAUUUACAGCACUUGAAGAGGGGUAAUGGUGAAGACACACAUUUGAGGUGAUUGCUGUGUCAGUCGUGGCCAUAUUGGUCUCUUGGGACACUUUUUGAGAACUAGGUUGGAUCUGAAAGGGUAGACUACGUUUCAGGCUGUCAACACGAUGGUAUUAGUGGAAAAACAAACACUGUAUUCAAGGUUUCUGGUGUGUACUUUCAGACGCACUCCCUGUGUUUGUCGUCGUCCAGUAAGGUCAAGAAGAAGAAGUCCUCCUGACGCUGUGCCUUUCCUCUCCGGCUCUGCCGUUUGUAAAAUAAAUCAUGGACUUGA